AUGGAUGUGCUGCUCAGUUCCAAGGCCCGUCAAGGGUGCCUUGCGGGACUUCAAAAGCCACGCAUUGCCGACACCACCGACGACCAGGUCGCCAGACUUGACGAGGCCAUGCCAGAGGAAGGGUCCAGAGCCGAGGUCCCGCGCACAGAGUCUCCGGCUCUCAUCUCCAGGACUGCAUCUGGCACGAGCAACGAGUCGCAGACCUUGGGCGGGCCAACGCUGUUGACCUCCAAGGCCUGCGCGGCAGUACCCGGCGCUACUCAGAAGAUGGACAAGGAAGAGAAAGAGGAGGAUGUUGAAGAGGUGGAGAACUCCACGGUGGCCCUCACGACAGGCAAUGUCUCGGAAGAAGAGGGCUCAGCGCACUCGACGCCACGAAAGCGGCUGGAUUGCUGCACUGCAGCACCUGCGCUUCCAGAAUGGGAUUCCGACGACUUUCUGAACCUCUCGGCCAAGAUGGGACAGGCAGCUUGGUCCGGCUCGCAGGAAGCUGCCCGCUUCCUGGCACUGUCACUGCGCAGAGCGGCGGAGCUCGCGGAGCCGCAUGUGACAUCGCUGGCUGAUUCUGCAACAGAUGCUAUCAAGUCUGCAGCUAAGCGGGCCCUGGCACCGUCUCCGGUGGCACCAGAGGUCCUCAGCCGAUCCACCUGGGAGGCGACCAGCCAUCGUGCACUCACACAUCCAUGUGGCUCUGCAGCGCCAGUCUUUCCCGAGCUUGCGGACUUUGACCAGGCUGGACCCGGCACAAAUGCAGUGCCGCCCACAGGGCAGCCAAGGACCGCGAUGUUCAUGUCGCAACUUGCCAACGUGCACGUUCCGCCCAUGCGGCCACAGUUUGAUCUCGCCAAAGAUGCGCAGCUGCGUUACUCUCUGCCGGGUGCAUGA